CAGGAGGGUGUGCUGAAGGGAGGAGGAGUGUGGAAAAAACUGAGGCAAGGAGAACAGGGGAGAAGGAGAGAAAGGGAGCGCCUGGGCAGCACUGCAACAGCUGCAGCCGCAGCAGCCUGUCGGAAGGACGGAGGGAAAGGAGGCAGAGGGAAGAAAGAGAAGCCUGCAGGAUUGCCUUGAAGGAAACAUAUUUUUUUUUUUGCAUAGGAAGAAGGGUUUGUGUAAGGAAGCCUUAUUUCUCCCCACUCAUGCUUUUCUAUAUGGUCUCAUGCAGGGGGCAUGCUCGGAAAUAGUGUGAAAGGCAGAGAAGGAGACUUGAAAAUGGAAAGGACGGAUAGCACAAAGGCAUACGGCCAAGCAGAUGGCAAAGGAGUUGGUAUGGCAGCGAAGAGGGCCAAGUCUGGAGUGCCCCAGAGCACGCAGCGGGGUGAGCUGAAGGUUUACCGGGUGGGUAGCUCCGAGGGCAGGAUACCGGUGCCCUCCAACCUCCGCAAGCAGAGGUCUAUGACAAACCUGGCUGUGCUGACCGACGCCGAGAAGAAGUUGCAUCUAUAUGAGCCAAAGUGGUGCGAUGACAUGGCCAAACCUGGAGCAGGGCAGACGAAGAUGGGCAAGCCAAAGACAGCAGGAGGUGGCCCCGGUGCCGGAGGGGUUUCCCCUCUCUCUCGAAACCUAUCCAAGUCGGAACAUUCGCUGUUCCAGGGCAAACCCAAGCCCUUCAGCCCUCUGGCUGCUCCCUCUGCCCUGAGCAAGCAGAGCCGCAUACCUCGUGGUCCUUAUGCCGAGGUGAAGCCCCUGAGCAAAGCACCUGAGGAUGGAAAGUCAGAUGACGAGAUCCUCUCCAGCAAAGCAAAGGCCAACGCUAAGAAACAGGGAGCUGGAGCCGGAGGGGAGUCCGGUUCCAAAGGCCAGGGGGAGGAAGGGGGAGACAAAGCCUUCCUGAAGGUGGACCCAGAGCUGGUGGUGACAGUGCUGGGUGACCUGGAACAGCUGCUCUUCAGUCAAAUGUUAGACCCCGAGUCUCAGAGGAAACGGACGGUGCAGAAUGUCCUCGACCUUCGCCAGAAUUUGGAGGACACCAUGUCGAGCCUGCGGGGGUCCCAGCUCAGCCACAGCUGCCUGGAAAGCAGUAACGUUGGAUAUGACAGUGACGAGACCAACGCCCGCAGCAUGUCCAGCAUGUCCAACCGCUCGUCCCCCAUCUCCUGGCGCCACGGCCAGUCCAGCCCCCGGCUCCAGGCGGGCGACGCCCCGUCCGCCACAGGUGGAGGAUACCAGGGGAGUAAGGCCGCCUCCCAGUACACGGCCCACACGAUGCCAGCUCGCACCCCGGGCCGCCUCAGCAGCGCCUCACGCAUCGAGCUCAUCGAGAGCCUGGACGACGCCGACCUUAAGUCCGGUUAUCUGAGCGACAGUGACCUUCUGGGGAAGAGCCUGCCGGAUGACGAUGACGACAACCUGGCUAACGGCUGGGACGAGAGCAGCUCCAUAAGCAGCGGCCUCAGCGACGGCGAUGGUUCUGACAACCUCAGUUCAGAGGAGUUCAACGCCAGCUCCUCUCUCAACUCCCUCCCGACCACGCCCCUGGGCUCCAGACGCAACUCCUCUGUCAUGCUCCGCACUGAUGCAGAGAAGCGCUCCAUGGUGGAAAGCGGACUGUCUUGGUACAGCGAGGAUGGGAAAGUCAUCCACAAGCUGGAUACCUGCAGCUAUGAAACGGGGAGUCUCAAGACAGAGGCCCCGAGCAAGUGGAGGAAGAAGCCUCCAAGCCUCAGUGAAGAUCCAGGGAGCAGAGGGGAACUGAAGAAGCCGCAGAGUCUGGGUCAACCAGGGAGUUUCAGGAAGGGUCGUAAUCCCCCUGUGGGCGUCACCUCCCCCAUCACCCACACAUCUCAGAGCAUGCUCAAAGUCGCAGCACCUAAAAGUGAGAGGCCACUCGACAAAUCCAAGAUGUCCAUCAAAACUGCUGGUCUGCAACGGUCUCGCUCCGACGCUGGCCGGGAUCAUCUUGGAGAGCACCGCAAGCCUCCAUCAGGUUUAGUCAAACCCUCUGCUGGCGCCUCCUUUGGGUAUAAGAAGCCACCAAUAGCCACCGGCACCGCCACUGUUAUGACAGCAGGGGGCACCGCCAUCUCCAGUGGCUCCGCUACCGUUGGGAAAAUCCCCAAGUCCUCCUGCAUCCCCAUGAAGCCCGUGGGAGGAGGGAUACCAACAGGUCGGAAGAACAGUUUUGAUGCGAGCAGCGAGCAGAGCUUCCCGGGGCCCAUUGCCCGAAACAGCCUUCAAUACCGCAGCCUGCCUCGCCCGGCCAAAUCCAGCACGUUCAGUGUGAUUGGUCGCCCGUCAGGUCGGCCUGUCAGCGGCACCAUUGACCCCGGCCUGUUGAGUUUGAAGCCUGUGCCCAUGGCCUCCGCGGGCCCCAGGGUCAAAGAGAUGAGUAGCUGCGGCAGUAAGAUGUCGACUCGAACCAGCACAGGCCCGGUGAACCAGACAGACCGGGAGAAGGAGAAGGAGAGGGCCAAGGCGAAGGCGGUGGGCGCUGACAUGGACUGCGGCUCCCUGAAGGGUGACGACACUCGGUCUGGGACUUCAGGGGAGUCCACUGUCAAACUGCACGGCCUGAGACGGACCAGCAGCGGCAGAUACCCUGAGCUGUCAUCACCCACCACACCAAGAAUGCUGCACACGAAAACUCUGGGUCGCCCCCCCAGCCUGGCUCACCUGGACAAGGUUAACUCGAACAGUCUUGACUCCUGCAUGACCAUUCAUGACCUCCCCCCCAAAGUCCCCCCGUACUCCAAGCUUCAGGACCUGGCUGGUUGCCACACCGCCGGCCGCCUCACCCCGAGCCCAGCGCCCAUCCUCCACAUCGAUUCCCCCAGCUCCUACACCAGUGACAGCCUGAGCCGGAGCGGAUCCCCACUGCUCUAUCCCAAGCUGAUGCACCGCAGCAUGGAGUCCCUGCCCCUGACGAUGAGCGUCCCCUGCAGCUCGAGGUUUCUCACUGCUGAGAGGCAUGAGAAGCAGGAGAGGACCACGGGGACCUGGGGGGCCGGGAGCAGAACGUCCCUCAACCUCACUGAUAGCUUGCAAGCAGACAGGAACACCUUGCCGAAGAAAGGCUUAGAACGCUACGGCUCAAGCCUGUCGGACAGUGAUGGAAGCAAACCGGGCAGGCGCCACUCCCACACCAUAGCUGGCAUGACGGAGAGCGACAGCCCCCCCCAGCUGCCCUCUCCCACCCGCUUGCUCCACCCCUCAUCCGGCAAGGCUCCUCUCACCAACGUGGUUGCCCCGAUUUCCAGCGGCUCUCCGAGGAUCUCGCGCUCGAACAGCAUCGGCCCCCCCGGUGACUCAGCCUGUGAUCUGUUCGGAACCUCCCCCCUGGGCAGCAGUCUGUCGCUGGCUGACCGGCCAAAAAGCAUGAUGCGGUCGGGGUCUUUCCGUGAACCGGGGGACGAUGUACAUGGCUCUGUACUGUCUUUGGCAUCCAAUGCUUCAUCCACCUAUUCCUCGAAUGAGGAGAGGAUACAAGGGGAGCAAAUCCGGAAGCUGAGGCGCGAGCUGGAGUCCUCCCAGGAAAAGGUUGCCAACUUGACAAUGCAGCUCUCUGCCAACGCCAAUCUGGUGGCAGCAUUCGAGCAGAGCCUGGCGCUGAUGACGGCGCGCCUCGAGACCCUGUCGGUCUCCUCGGACCAAAAGGACUCGGAGCUCACCGAGCUAAAGGAGACCAUCGACAUUCUGAAGACUCAAAACUCAGAGGCCCAAGAAAUCAUUCACGGGGCUCUCAGUGAUGCAGACAUCACGCCCAAAGAGCUGGUGAUCAAUCGGCAGAACUCGUCGGAGAGCAUCUCCAGCCUGGCCAGCACCACCAGCCACUCCAGCAUGGGGAGUCUGAAAGAGCAGGAGGCCAAGAAGAAGAAGAAGAAGAGCUGGUUGCGCAGCUCCUUGAACAAGGCCUUCAGUAAGAAGGGUUCCAAGCCGUCGGGGCCGUACGCCGACAUCGAGGAGAUCGCCACCCCAGAAUCCUCUGCACCUUCCUCCCCUAAGGUCCACCAUAUCAGUGACGAUCCCUCAGCCACCAUAAGAUCCUCGACCUCUGCAGCAUCAUCCGGACUGUGUGAAGGAGGCGAUGAGGAGGUGGAUGACAAGGUCGUGACAGGGCUGCGUACAGAGCUGUGGCAGAAGGAGCUAAAGCUGACAGACAUCCGCCUGGAAGCUCUGAGCUCUGCUCAUCAGCUGGAGCAGCUGCAGGAGGCCAUGAACGGCAUGCAGAAGACAGUGGAGAACCUGAAGGCUGAGAACGACCACCUGAAGACGGGUACUUUGUCCCCCUGUCCGUCCCCCGGACCCUCCAGCUCCGUGUCCCAGUCCUCAGGUCUCGCCACGUUCGAAGGUUCCUCGCCGCGACAGUCGGUGGCCUUGCAAAUGCCAAAAAGCUUCAGCAGAGGGCUGAGUGAAGGGAGCUCAGACGUCCACGCUGCAGAGUCCCUCAGUCUUUCCUCACAGAGGGACGAUCACCGUGUCCGGGUGGUGGUUUGUGUCGCGGACCUGCACGUCUUCAAAGAUGAGGUGAAACAACAGGAUUUCUUCGCGGGCACCGUCCGGGUGAACGGCAGGAUGGACUGGACCAUGCUGGACUCGGCCGUCAGUCAGGCUUUCAAGGUGUACAUAACCAAAGUUGAUCCCACCUCCAGCCUGGGCCUCUCCACCGACUCCAUUUACAGCUACAGCAUGGGCCACAUCAAGAGGGUGCUCGGAGGAGACGCCCCUGAAACGCAACCCUCUCGCUGCAUGUCCCGAGCCCCCAGCAGCAUCACCGUGUCUCUGAAAGGUCUAAAGGAGAAGUGUGUGGACAGCCUGGUAUUUGAAACGCUCAUUCCCAAACCAAUGAUGCAGCACUACAUCAGUCUGCUGCUCAAACACCGCCGCCUCAUCCUGUCCGGGCCCAGCGGGACGGGCAAGUCCUACCUCGCCUCCCGGCUGGCCGAGUACCUGGUGGACCGCAGCGCCCGCGAAGUCACCAGUGGCAUCGUGGUCACUUUCAACAUGCACCGCCAGUCGUGCAAGGAUCUGCAGCUGUAUCUUUCCAACCUGGCCAAUCAGAUUGAUCGCGAAACCAGCACCUCAGACAUUCCGCUGGUGAUCAUUCUGGACGAUGUUCACAAUCCUGCCUCCAUCAGCGAACUGGUCAACGGUGCUCUCACCUGCAAAUAUCACAAAUGUCCAUACAUUAUUGGAACAAGUAACCAGCCAGUGAAGAUGAUUGCGAACCAUGGACUUCACCUCAGCUUCAGGAUGGUGACCUUCUCCAACAACGUGGAACCAGCCAACGGCUUCCUGGUGCGAUACUUGCACAGGAAGAUGAUGGAGUCGGAGAACGAGAGGAACCUGACCAACGAGGACCUGAUCAAGGUGUUGGACUGGGUCCCCAAACUCUGGUACCACCUGCACGCCUUCCUGGAGAAGCACAGCACAUCAGACUUCCUCAUUGGUCCGUGUUUUUUCCUGUCAUGUCCGGUCACGCUGGAUGAGUUUCGAUCGUGGUUUAUUGAUCUUUGGAACCACUCUAUUAUCCCGUACCUGCAGGAGGGGGCCAAGGACGGCAUCAAGGUGCACGGCCAGAAGGCGGUGUGGGAGGACCCGGUGGAGUGGGUGAGGGGCACUCUGCCUUGGCCGUCUGCCCAGCAGGACCAGGCCAAGCUGUUCCACCUUCCUCCCCCCAGCAUCGGCUCCAGCAGCCCCGGUCAGCCCUGCGAGGAGAGGCCCCACAAGGAGACUCCGCCCAGCUCCAUGGAAUCCGAUCCGCUGAUGGCUAUGCUUUUGAAACUUCAAGAGGCUGCCAAUUACAUUGAAUCCCCAGACAGAGAAGAUCCUAGUCUGCCUAAACUUUGAACACAGAGCCCCACAUCACACACUCAGCACUUCGGAUCUUAUUUUUCUGUACGCUGCACGGACACAGUGCACAUUCAGGAACGUGUGAACCCUCGGAAAGUGGUUGUCCGGGCGGGGG